AGUAAACAGACUCACGUGGAAACACCAUACACAUGAGUGUGGGGUUGUGGACAAAUGUACAUAGUAAUCUGUCCCCUCCUGGGUCAGACGUCACACAGGUGAAAGGGGACGUGACCUAUUAUCAUUAUGGCUGUGACGGAACAGAUGAUAGGGGCUGGGGAUGCGGAUACAGAACUCUGCAGACGAUGUGUGCUUGGGUAAUUCACCAGCGAACACGCACUGACGAUAAAAUAUCAGUAGUACCAUCUCUAAAGACCAUACAGGAAGCUCUGGUUGCUAUGGGAGACAAAGCGGCGUCUUUUGUUGGUUCUAGAGAAUGGAUAGGCAGCUUUGAAGUCUCUAUAUGUAUGGAUUAUUUAUUGGAGGUGCCCUGUAAGAUAAUACACGUCACUUCCGGUGCGUUGCUAUAUGACCAUAUAGAGGCAUUGAAGAAGCAUUUCGUGAUUGUUGGAGCUCCAGUAAUGAUGGGCGGAGACGGCGACAACGCGUCUAAAGGUAUCCUGGGUGUAUGCUGUGACCCGCCAUCGCUACUAAUCCUGGACCCCCACCAUUACGGCAAGGUCACGUCCCUGACCGACCUGUAUGACCGCGGCAUGGUGUCAUGGCGCCCUCUGGAAACCUUCAUGAAAGACUCAUUUUAUAACCUAUGCCUGCCACAGUACCAACAUUCGUGACGUAUUGUCACAUGACGUUGUGUUCACGACUGGAUGACGUUCUUCACCGGUGAAGAUGCCCAUCAAGUCACUUGAAAUUGUUUCGCUCACGGCAAUGUACAAGUGUUAUUGUACGAUGUUGCUGAUCUGACCAAACUAAAUGUUAAAAUGUGAAAAACUCUUUAAAAUGAACACGUGACUCAUGUUUAAACUAAAAGUGAAUAAGCUCGAAUAAAGGAAGUCACGUACCGUGCAAUAACUGUUAUAAUAACAUGUUAAAAAAGUGAAUAUUGUAAACUUAAAAAGACGUAUAUAAGUGUCAACGUUUUUCUUAAAAGUUGACAAUGAUUUCGCUUCAUUUGACUGUACUAUGAUCGUGCUAUAUUUAACUUUGUUAGAUCAUUGUUCUGUUAACUUGUUUAAUCGUUUUAAUAUACAAUCAUAAAAAUAUCUUUAUGUAGUUUACUCUCGUUAAAAACGAGUUGCUAAAUUUACUCUAGUCUUGCUUUUGUCUUCACUUUGCUGUCCAAGUAGCUAAGGCUUUCAUCAGUCGUAUGCUACAUAUAAUCCGAAAACUUAAACACCCGUGCAGACUAAAUCCCUCAGCAUUUUCCACAAUUCACUAGGUAAUAACCAAGGCAAUCAGGAGAGAAAAGGGUGGAGUUUGGACUGAGCUUACCCCACGACGUUGUUAUCACCCCAGACUUAAAUACCAACGACACUGACAAUAUUCCAAUGGUUCGUUAAAAGUUUUGUUAGAACUUUAAGAACGUUCAGAUGGAAAAGGUUUCAAAAGCACCUAGUUUUGCUAUGGUGUCUUAAAUAUUUGCUAAGAACACAUAAAUAUAAAUCACUUGGAGGUUCGUGAGACUUGGGUUGGUAGUUAGAGUACUAGCAUGUGGUUGUGGAAUUUAGCAUGAUUCUGGUUCCUUUAGACAUGGCCUAUUUCCCUUGGCGCCUUGGUGGGUUUUUUAAGUUUUGUCCUCCGUGUUUCAGCAUUUAAACCUGUCUUGAGAUCUCCUUCUUCAUUUUUUGUCAGAAUUUCUUAAAACUUGGUAGGCCAUAUUGACGUUGCAUGACUGUGUGAUCCUGUUCGGAUCUACGAUUUAGCGAAUGUUGAAUUAUUGGUCUUUGUUUAUCAACGGACGUAUUUUGUAUCCAUUUGUGGUGCUCUUAUUAGCCAUGUCUAUGUAACUGAAACACAAUUUCUUGUUUGAUACAUUAAACUUAGUAAUUUUCUCUACCCCACACGUACUGUGAACACAUUAUUGCGUAUGGUCUAGUGUAAACUAGCAAUGUAUUUCAUACCAAGGUAUUUAACAAGUUAUUUAUUA